GUCAGCGCAAGUAGGAAGCGGACGGCGAAGAAACGGACGCUCUGUUGUUUUGGACCGUUGUGCAAAUGACAGCUCAGUAUUAAUGAAUGGCAGCAUCGGGCAGUCGUCGGUCUUUCGAUGGAAACGGAUCUGUCCCAAACUGCGACGAAUCGCGCGAUGUGACGGAUGUUGGCGUACAGACGGACGCCAGAGUACAAGGUCUGGCUCCUAGACUAUCCAAAGUCAACCUCUUCACAUUGUUAAGUUUAUGGAUGGAACUUUUCCCUAAAAAAGAACAAGAGCACAGAGGAAUUGAUGCUACUGCAGACAGUGGUCUUGUGGUGGUCCAGGAGUGCAGAGUUCUGGGUCUACAUUGCUCCAGUGUGCAGUUACAUGCAGGGCAGGUGGCUGUGGUCAAACAUGGCCCCAGACUGAAAGGAUGUGAUCUUUACUUCUCCAGAAAACCGUGUUCAACCUGCCUCAAGAUGCUUAUCAAUGCUGGUGUGAACAGGAUAUCCUACUGGCCCAGCGAUGCUGAGAUCAGCUUGCUAUCGACUGACGAUGCGGAUCCCAGCCACCAAGAAGCCAUCUUGGACGCAACAGCUGCAGAGAGACUAAAGUCCAACAGCAGGAUUCACAUCUGCGUCCUCCUACAAUCUCUGGGCAGCAACAUGCUGCAGUUCGUAGACGAAACAUCUCAGAACUGUGACUUCCUUGAAAAGAUCGCUGCGGAUGAUCUAGAUGUCGCUGAGGUCUUCAGGCGGGAGCGGUGGAGCAAUUUGAGCGAUUUGGUGGGAAGGUUCUUCGUAGACGAUGAGGAGCAGCACAGGUAUGUUCUGAACAAGAUGGGACUUGAGAACUUUUGUGUGGAACCUAAUUUUAGCAACUUGAGGCAACACAUGAAGGAUCUGAUCAAGAUUUUAGCCUCAGUGGCCGCCGGCGUUCCGGUUCUACAAAGGGGAUAUGGGUUCUUCACGAGGGAUCUCCAAGUGUUGGGUUCUUCAGCGCUGCCCCAGGAUGUCGUACGACACUGUAUCAUACAAGCCCGUUUAUUGGCCUGCAGAACAGAGGAUCCUAAAGUAGGAGUCGGUGCUGUGAUUUGGGCCGAGGGGAAACAGUCGCAAUGUGAUGGCACGGGUCGUCUCUACUUAGUGGGCUGUGGCUACAACGCCUAUCCAGUGGGCUCAGGGUACGCGGAGUACCCUCAGAUGGAUCACAGACAGGAGGAGCGACAGAACCGAAAGUACAGAUACAUCCUUCACGCCGAACAGAACGCACUUACAUUUAGGAGCGCAGAGAUCAAAGAUGAAGACAACACGAUGAUGUUCGUGACCAAAUGUCCGUGCGACGAGUGCAUUCCUCUGAUCGGCUGUGCUGGAAUAAAGCAGAUCUACACCACAGAUCUGGACAGCGGAAAAGUGAAGCACGAUAUCUCCUACCUCAGGUUCAACGAACUCUCUGGCGUCCAGAAGUUUAUUUGGCAACAGAGAUGUUCUGAUUCUGAAGAACCGGCUGCUCCGCCCAUGUCAAAUGGCUGCUUGAAACGAAGAGAUGAAGACACAGCAUUUCAGUGCAAUAAACGACUGCGAUCGUAGUGUUUAUUUACGAAGCUGCUUUACUACUACGAAAAUCUACAAACGUGAGAUCGCUAUCAGUAUCUGAAAGGAACAUCGCUUUUAAAGAAAACCACACACAUUUGACUGACGCCUUUAUCCAAAGCAUGUUAUUUUUGCACGUAGGAUUGAACCCAUGACCUUUGACCUUGCAAUAUACAUUAGAGAAUACAUCAUGUGCUCCAAUUUAUAAUGCUGAAUGGUGCAGAUGUUUUAUUUGGGUUUAUACAAAUUGUAAAGUCUAAUAUAAUUUUUCAGUUAAAUCUUUUGUUUUACAUUUUAAUCGUAUGGUGUUUAAUUUUAUGCAUUUUUUAUUGCAAUAGCACGUAUGGUUUUAUUUGUCAAUAUUAAAUGGCUUUUGUGAAAUAUUAAAAUAUUUAAGGGUCAUAAGCCAAGGAUGCGCUUUUGUGUUCAUUUAAUUAUUGGUGUGUAAGAACUUGUUAGUGAAAGUACAGAAAUACAGUGUAAUACGGCAUACAAACUGCAAAAUAGUUUUUUUUUCAUAAAGAGACGAUACCACAAAUGCUUCAGUUUUUCUUUAUUGAUGACAUGGUACUAUUAGCGUUUCAGAAGAAAACAGCAACUAUACAUGUAGUAUGAAAAAUUAAAAUCCAAUGCUCAAA